AUGAAGAUUCAUAAAUGUUUUAUGUGUAAUUAUUUGCUCAAAAUAAUUAAGAGAAAGAGGAAGAAAAAAAAAACAAAAUUGAGUCUUACCAACUGUUUGCAGAAUGGGGAUGAUAAAAAAGUCUUACAUAAGAAGAGCAAUUCAAAUGUCAUAAAUAGUGACGAGAAAUUUUUUAUUGACACAGCUCUUACAGAAAAUGUCAAACAAUGUUUGGGAAAAGUGCAGUUUUCGAAGGAUUUCGGAGCAAGUGACGAUACUAUGGCUAUUGAGAAUAAUGAGGAUGCAUAUCAUGAAACUAGUUGUCAUUCCAAUUGUGAUAUCAGUAUUGAUUUCAAUUGUAACACUAUUUGUUAUCAAAAUAAAGAAUGUAACAGUUCAGGGAUUAUUAGACCCCAAGUAGAGGAGGAUGUGAAUCAUUGCAUCUAUAGAAACCCUAACUUGGGGAAUUAUCUUAUCGAUAAUGAGAAUAAGUGUAAGGAGGUAGAAGCAGAAUAUUCAUGUAUGUUAUUGCGAUUACAUGAGCAGAAUACAAAAUCAGCAUCUUCUUACAGGACUUUGAUAAGACGAAAAAACAUAAAUUCGAACUAUUCUUUGGACCGAUAUUAUUUAACAUUUAUAGCACAUUACAGAAUUGAACGGAUAAAAAAAGAUUUUGUAAGGGUGAUAUGUUUUGUUCAUUCUUACAUGUCAGUGAAAAAAUAUAAAAGAGCUAUCAAUUUGAUAUGUCACAUUCGUAACUUGAAUGCAGGAGGAAUUGAAAAAGGCGUUAUGAGGUAUAAUCAUGGUAGUGGUUGUCUUUUCUCGCCAGAUGGCGCGAAGGAGGAAUACAAAAAUGAUUAUUUCCUUCUCGAAAAAACAAGCAGGUUAACAUUGAUGUGGAGAGAAUUAUACAUCCUCUUUUGGAAAGAAAUAAAUAAAAGAAAUCGAGGGACGUGUGUUUAUAAUAACCCUAUUUUAGAAAUUCGAAAAAAAAGAUCUAGAUAUUUAUAUAAUAAACUGGUUAAACAUAGUGUGAGAAUUAUGCACAUGCUGGAAGUUAAGAAAAUAAAAAAAAAUCGAUUUAAUAAUCAUUCCAACAUGAUAUGUAUGGAUCACAGUGAAAUAACCAAAAUUAUGAAAAGAAAAAUUUUGAGAAAUAAAUAUUUUAAAAAUAUAAUUUGGAUAUGUAAAAAGUACAUAAAACUUGUACAAAACAUCCAUUUUUAUAAUAUGAACAAACUGAGAAAACCAGUUAUGCGAAUUAUUAAGGCAAAGAAGAGUUACCACAGCAGGACUCAGAUCACUAGUUCUGGUAGAAUCACUGAGAGAAUGUCACACAAAAGUGCAACCAUAACCAUUGAUCAUAUCAAUAACACUGUUGUGAACCUCAAGAAAGGAACAACAUUUUUAAAAAAUCGUUUCACGAGGCACCCAGAUCAAUAUAAGACUGAUCAGCAUUCUUUGAAAAAAAAAUGUGAAGGAUCUCAUUUAUAUGAAAAAUUGAAGGUACACCCUUCCUCUAAUAGUAGUAUAAAAGGUGAACGGGGGAGAAAUUAUAUGAUACUGUCUAAUGAAAAAAUGAAGGAAGGUCCAUUGUUGAGCUCAAUAAAUUCAAAAAGAAUGAACAGUAGUAGAAACCAAGAUGGGAAUAAUAUGCAGCAAUUUUUUCUGAACGCUCCUAAUGGAUCAAAUUUAAGGGAGCAAACAGAAAGACAAAAAAAAGAAAAAAUACAUUGUAUCACUGGGAUGGAUAAUUACCUAUACAAGAAAAGAUUGAGUAGUGGAAAAAGAGGUAUUAAGUACAUGAAUGAGAUAGUUAUAUGUAAUGGAAGAAUUUUGUUGAAGAAAUUAAACAUCAGAAAAAAUGACUUGUUCUGGAGAGUAAAAAAGAAAAGAAACCAAAAAGAAUGUAAAGGGAAAAUUAUAAAAAAAUUCAAUAUUAGAAGAAAUAAGGAACAUUGUGAAAGAAUAAGAAAAAAAAUACAAGAAUAUAUCGAAUCGAAUGUUAAAAAGAAUCAAGUUGAACAUUUUGAUGGAAUGCAAAAUGUGAAGAGGAAUAUAGAACCGGAUAUUAUUGUUAAUGCUCAAAAUACCAAUGUGGAAUGUACUAAUAAUGAUAAAACAUUAGAAACGAACUUUAUGCACCUUGAGGGGAGGAAAAACAAAAAGGGUAACCAUAAAAUGCAUGACUCUGUGGAGAAUAGUCUAUAUUUGAAAUGUGACGAUAGUGGCUUAAAUGAGGGGAAUUACGAAUUUCUGGAUGACAGUAAAAAUAAAAAAAUGGAUAACUAUUUUGAUAAAGAAAAGUAUGCAGAUGAAACAUUUGAUAAAACUGGAUUAAACAAGUAUGAUGUGAACCUAUGUAAACACAAUAGAGAACAUAAAUUUGUUGAAUGUCUGCAAAGCUGUGAUUACAUUAAGAAUAAUUUCAAAAUGGUGAAAUUGUUAAAAGACAACUGUUCAAAUUUUGUGUAUAAAUGUUUUGAUAUAUAUAACCGUAGAGAUGUGGCAAUAAAAUGUGUAAACAAAGAAAAACAACUAUCCAUUAUGAGUUAUAAUACGUAUGUAAAUAUAUACAAAAUUGUGCAAAAAAUUAAUAAUGACAAUGUAGUGAAGAUAUAUAAUGUACUAGAGAGCAUGUCUCAUUUUUUUAUUGUAAUGGAGUUAUGUGAAGGAACUGAUCUAGUAGAAUAUGUAUCCAAGGAAGAAAUCUCAUUUGAGAAAGCCAAAGAUAUUAUUUCCCAAUUGUUAAGAGGGAUUAAUGCUUUGCAUGCAAAUUCGAUUAUUCAUAGAGAUAUUAAACUGGACAAUUUGAUGUUUAAGGAUAAAAAAUUUGAGAAACUUGUCAUAAUUGAUUUUGACAUGAGUGUUUACAUGAAUGGUGAUCAUUGCGCACCUUAUUUGGAGGAUAACUGUCUCUAUGCGCGUGACAUAAGGUUAACUGUUGAUGAAAAUGAUUUUGAUAUCAAUGAGGCGAAGGUGAACAUCGCCAAGGUGGAUAUGACGAAAGUGGAUAUGGAGAAAGUUGAUAUGGCAAAGAUGGAUGUCGCUCAAGUGGACAUGACCAAAUCGGAUGUUGGUAAAGGUGAUUUGGUGAAUCCAUGUUUUGAUCAAAACAAUGUUCACGUGCACUACAUGCAGGUGAAUAAAUCCAUCUUGAAUCAAUCAUACAAUUGCGAAUAUGACAUAAAUGAUUACGAUGUGAAAAAGAGUGCAUUUGUGUUGUACAGGAGCCAAUUUCCAACGAAUAAUUUUGACUCGAAUAACACACAUGUGAAUAAAAUCAAAGGAAAUAAUGAAGAAAGAAAACAUUGUGUAAUACACACUCCUUACUCAGAUAGUUACAUAAAUAUACAUAAAAACAACAAGAAAACAACUUCUCUUAAUUUUAGUUAUAUAAAUAAAAUUGAAAACGGGUUUCUGUAUGCAUGUACAGGAAACACAGAGAAGACAUUUAUUAAUGAAGGUGAAAAAGUGAUUUAUAACGAUUUGAUUAUAGGGACGAAAGAGUAUAUAUCACCCUAUUGUUUAAAGGGAAUAUACAGUAUAAAAACGGAUAUAUACAGCAUUGGUGUUACUAUUUUUUUAAUUCUUUUUAAGAAUUUCCCUUACUUAUUUGAAGAGAAGGGUAUAAAUAAAUGGCAAAAUGAAGUAAUUAACAAAAAUAAGGAAAUAGUCAUACCUUUUUCUUUCCUAUUCCAUAAUAUAACUUGUUCCUAUUUUAUCAGAUUAAUGGAUGUACACCUUAUGAAUAAUAAUAUUUACUUUUGUAAAAAUAGUAGCCUGCUGGAUAAUAAUUUAAAAGAAAUUGAGAAAAUAAAAAACAUCAAAAUUGAUUUUAACCAAGUAAAAAUAAAUGCCAAAAAUAUUUACCUAAUAGACAUAUUGAAGAGAUCUUUAUCUCUAGAUCUAGAAGAUCAGUAUAGCAGUGUUUCCGAAAUUCUGGAAAACAAAAUUUUCACAUAA